UCAUGCUGCUGCCAGGUCCAGAGUCUCUCAUGGGUCCCUGUACGGCCUCCCAUUGCUGCUGUCUCCAUCGCCACACUCUGCCAUGUGCCACUUUCAGGUCUCCUCACACUGCUGGUGUGUUCCAUUUUUUGUCAUAGGGUGCUGGCAGAUUACGGGCCUCCCAUUGCUGCUGCCAGGCCCGUAAUCUGCCAUGGGCCCCUGUACCGCCUCCUCAUGCUGCUGCCAGGCCCGUAAUCUGCCAUGGGCCCCUGUACCGCCUCCUCAUGCUGCUGCCAGGCCCGUAAUCUGCCAUGGGCCCCUGUACUGCCUCCUCAUGCUGCUGCCAGGUCCACAGUGUCUCAUGGGUCCCUGUACGGCCUCCCAUUGCUGCUGUCUCCAUCGCCACACUCUGCCAUGUGCCACUUUCAGGUCUCCUCACACUGCUGGUGUGUUCCAUUUUUUGUCAUAGGGUGCUGGCAGAUUACGGGCCUCCCAUUGCUGCUGCCAGGCCCGUAAAUCUGCCAUGGGCCCCCGUACCGCCUCCUCAUGCUGCUGCCAGGUCCGGAGUGUCUCAUGCGGUCCCUGUACGGCCUCCCAUUGCUGCUUGUCUCCAUCGCCACACUCUGCCAUGUGCCACUUUCAGGUCUCCUCACACUGCUGGUGUGUUCCAUUUUGUCAUAGGGUGC